UUCUCACCAUAUUCUUCAGGUCAUGUCACUCGUACAAUCUAAUUAUAAAUGGUUAGAAACAGAGAAGCUUCCACUAUCAUUACCGUUUCAUCCUGGCCAUUUAACGAUUAGAACAAUCCCAUCCAUGGAAAGCCGUCAUUUUAAAACCAUGCACUUGGCUGACGACUUUUCCACCAUCAGCCACAAAACGCGCGGGAAAAGUUUGAAGCGAUUCCUCCAGCUCUCACCCACUCGCGCACCAAGGGCCAGUGCAUGCCCGCUCUCGCGCCAAAAAAUUGUUUGCACGCAUUUUAGCUCCAAACCCUAGACUCCCAACCCAAUCCUUUUAAAAACCCCACACCCCCUCUCCUUCUCCUCCCAUCGCCUCCUUCCUUCCAGCUCUCCCUCCGUCCAUUCGAAGAAAUUCCCCACCCAGAGGAACUAUCGUUCUUCUCCUCCCCUCCAAUUCCAAGAUGUAUGUCGUGAAGAGAGAUGGCCGGCAGGAGUCGGUACACUUCGACAAGAUUACGGCCAGGCUGAAGAAGCUAAGCUACGGGCUGAGCCAGGAGCACUGCGACCCGGUGCUCGUGGCCCAGAAGGUCUGCGCCGGGGUCUACAAGGGCGUCACCACUAGCCAGCUCGAUGAGCUCGCUGCUGAGACCGCCGCUGCCAUGACCACCAACCAUCCCGACUAUGCCUUGCUCGCUGCCAGGAUUGUAGUCUCGAAUCUGCAUAAGAACACGAAGAAGUCGUUCUCUGAGACGAUUAAGGGCAUGUAUAACCAUUUCAACGAGAGAUCUGGGCAGAAGGCCCCUUUGAUUGCUGAUGAUGUCUAUGAGAUAAUCAUGAAGAAUGCUGCUCGCUUGGACAGUGAGAUAAUUUAUGACAGGGACUUUGAUUAUGAUUAUUUUGGUUUUAAGACUCUUGAGAGAUCUUAUCUCUUGAAAGUUUCUGGAAAAGUAGUAGAGAGGCCACAACACAUGUUGAUGAGAGUUGCUGUUGGAAUCCACAAGGAUGAUAUUGAUUCUGUUCUCAGAACAUACCAUUUGAUGUCUCAACGCUGGUUCACUCAUGCUUCCCCUACAUUAUUUAAUGCAGGCACUCCAAGGCCUCAGUUAAGCAGCUGUUUCCUUAUCUGCAUGAAAGAUGAUAGUAUUGAGGGAAUCUAUGACACUCUGAAGGAAUGUGCUAUCAUAAGCAAGUCUGCAGGAGGAAUUGGUGUUUCAGUUCAUAAUAUACGCGCCACAGGUAGUUAUAUUCGUGGGACAAAUGGAACUUCAAAUGGCAUUGUGCCGAUGCUGCGGGUGUUUAAUGAUACUGCUCGUUAUGUUGAUCAAGGGGGAGGGAAGAGAAAGGGUGCAUUUGCUGUGUAUUUGGAGCCUUGGCAUGCUGAUAUUUUUGAGUUCCUUGAUCUUCGAAAGAACCAUGGAAAGGAAGAGCAUAGGGCACGAGAUCUUUUUUAUGCACUCUGGAUUCCUGAUCUCUUCAUGGAGAGGGUCCAAAGUUAUGGACAGUGGUCACUGUUUUGCCCUAAUGAAGCUCCAGGUUUGGCUGAUUGCUGGGGUGAAGAUUUUGAAAAGCUGUACACAAGAUAUGAAAGAGAGGGCAAGGCAAAGAAAGUUGUUGCAGCUCAGAACCUUUGGUUCGAAAUUCUGAAGGCCCAGAUAGAAACUGGAACACCAUAUAUGCUUUUCAAGGUAUUAAAUAAGAACGUCAGUUCUAUCAUAUCAUCUAGUUUUCUGUGCUGUGCAUAUGAACUUCUUAUGUGGCCACAGGAUACUUGCAAUAGAAAAAGUAAUCAACAAAAUCUGGGGACCAUCAAAUCCUCAAACUUAUGUACUGAGAUAAUAGAGUUCACAAGUCCUACUGAAACUGCCGUGUGCAAUUUGGCAUCGAUUGCUUUACCACGUUUUGUCAGAGAGAAGGGGGUUCCUCUAGAGUCGCAUCCAUCUAAGUUGGUUGGCAGUACUGGAUCAAAGAGCAGAUAUUUUGACUUUGACAAGCUAGCUGAGGUUACUGAGACGGUUACAACAAACCUCAACAAAAUAAUAGAUGUCAACUAUUACCCAGUUGAAACUGCAAAGAGGUCCAAUUUACGGCACAGACCAAUUGGCAUAGGAGUCCAGGGCUUGGCAGAUACUUUCAUCUUACUUGGCAUGCCGUUUGAUUCUCCAGAGGCUCAACAGCUAAACAAGGACAUAUUUGAGACUAUAUAUUACCAUGCGUUGAAAGCUUCUUCUGAGAUUGCUGCAAAAGAAGGAACCUAUGAGACAUAUCAAGGGAGUCCUGUCAGCAAGGGAAUUCUUCAACCUGACAUGUGGAGUGUAACCCCAUCUGAUCGAUGGGAUUGGACUGUUCUAAGGGAAAUGAUCUCUAAGCAUGGAGUGAGAAACUCCCUUCUUAUAGCUCCAAUGCCAACUGCUUCCACUAGUCAGAUUCUUGGCAACAAUGAGUGUUUUGAGCCCUACACGUCGAAUAUCUACAGCCGCAGGGUUCUUAGUGGAGAAUUUGUUGUGGUGAACAAACAUCUACUGCAUGAUUUAACGGAGAUGGGUCUCUGGUCCCUGGCCCUUAAAAACAAGAUCAUUUAUGAGAAUGGUUCGAUCCUUAAGAUUCCUGAAAUUCCAGAUCCUCUGAAAGCAAUUUACAAAACUGUAUGGGAGAUUAAGCAAAGGAUGCUGGUUGACAUGUCUAUUGAUCGUGGGUGUUAUAUUGAUCAGAGCCAGAGCCUAAAUAUUCACAUGGACCAGCCCAACUUUGGAAAAUUAACUUCCCUGCACUUCUAUGCUUGGUCUAAGGGUCUCAAAACUGGGAUGUAUUAUUUGCGGACACGUGCUGCUGCUGAUGCAAUCAAGUUUACUGUGGACACUUCCCUUAUCAAUGACAAGCCAGUGGAAGAUGAGGAUGCAGAGGCAAAAAUGGCACAGGUUGUUUGUUCCUUGAAUAACCGAGAAGAGUGCAUGGCAUGUGGGAGCUGAGGUCUUUAAUAGUGGAGCUCUUAUCGGUGUUUUAAUGAUUAACUGCAUCCUAUGUGAGUGCCCCUGAUCCAAUCUUAUAUGCACACUGACAAUCUGGCCUCCAUUUUCUAACCUUGCCUGAUGGAAGUGGAACCUGUAACUUAUUGAUGGAUCCAAGUACCCAUGGCUCUGUAAUUGGUUCGUUCACAAUCUCUGCCAAAAUCAUCUGGAUGUGCUGUUGUGUAUGACUUGUUUUGGAAUAAAAUGUUCUAAUGUUUUCUA